AGUGUAUCUGAAAGCAGCGAUGGAGUAACAUAAGUUUCAGUCAGGUCUGAUGAACCGCGACCGAGACUGAUUACGUUAAGAGAUCAGAGAUCACCUACACAUUUAUGAAAAGAUAGCCGCGCAGUUGUCGUCAUCGACAUCAUACAGUUUGUGUAGUGCUCGUGAUCAAGCGAUCGUUCCUAGAUUUACAGCCUCCAGCGUGAAGAUGAAGAUCACUUACAGGGCGUUUCUUGUCGCUAAUUAUUUGUGCGCGUUUUGUUCGUUUCUCGCGAUCGCCGAGGAUCCAUCAGUGACAUCCGAUAGCCAGUCGAUCAGCAACGACGUUGCCGAGGAUAGAUCUUCCACCGCAGAUCUUCGUGAUUCCGAUCAUCCUGUGGAAUCAACGAUCGCCUCGGAUAAAUAUCCACCCCUGAAGGAGCAACUCAACUCUGAAAUUGUGAUCACUGAUAAGACCGGGAAUUUAACAAUUGGGAAGCUUUUUGACAAUGCAGUCGAAUCUUACCUCAGUGAGGACUGGGAGAGCUGCGUUGAUAAUUUUGAAGAAGCUAUCAGGAGGUAUAAGCUAUAUAAAAAAAGCGUCAUUGAGUGUAGACGAAAAUGUCGGUGGGAGGCGAACGCAGCGAAACCGAUAUUUUCGGAUGAUAUUGAAGACCUGCAUUUUUAUGAGAGAAAAGUAAGGGAGACUUUGUGCCUGAUGAAAUGCAAGCACGCGAAGAACAACAAAGAUAUGAAGGCACAGCAGUUACCAAUUGACGUUGAAAUCAAGUACGUCGAACGCAGGCCUUACGAGUACCUCCAUAUCUGCUAUUUUCAGAUGAAAAAACAUCAGGACGCGGCGAACGCAAUUUUCACAUUCCUGAUGGCACACCCGAAGCACGAACAGAGUGAGAGGAACUUGCGGUUCUACCUGGACCUACCCGAUGUUGUUCAAGUAGAAGUAAAGGACAUGGAAGCCGCUCGAUUUCUUCCUAUGUACAAAGCGGGAAUCGAAGCACAUGACGAUGAAAACUACCCGAAAGUCAUUGAGGAGCUCGAAAAUUCGCUCAAGGCUUACAUGGAUGCUGAAGACGAUUGCCGACUGUACUGCGAAGGAUCUUUUGAUCAGGGAUGGCUCCCGGAUUUUACCAUGUCUGUCGCAAAUCACUUUGCGUACACAUUAAAAUGCAAGCGUAGCUGUUCUUAUGAUUUGAACAACGUAAAUGGGGAACAACGCAACGACCUACUUAUCGACCACUAUCAUUACUUACAGUUUGCUUAUUUCCAAACGGGAAAAUUGAAGAAAGCUUGCGCCGCCGUUGAGAGUUUCCUGCUCUUCAUACCAGGUGAUGAGACAGUGUUAAAGAACAAAAAAUGGUUUAAAGAAUUGACUGAAGUUAAACAGGACUACUUCAAGCCACGCAAGGAAGCUGUGGAAUACGUCAGACGUCAGGAGUACGAAUUACGAAUGCUGCUCUAUAUCCAGGAGGAAUUCACUGCCGUGUCAAAUUCUCAAAUAGAAUCAGAAGUUGCUGACUAACUAGAAUUACUAAAAUAUGGUUGGGUUACUGACAUACCUGAGUAUAAAUCACACCAUUCAAUUCAGAUAAUUAUCUCGUAGAUUUCAUUCGGGAUGAGUACUACCAUCGAGGUGUGAAAAUUUGAGUUUAAUUCACUGCCUAAUUUAUACAAAUAUAAUGCCAGUUAUUUUAUAUAGCAAAGGAAUUAUGACAUUUUUCUUAAAA